GACGGGGCCUCACGAGAGCAGAGCAGAGAGGGACGAUCACCUCCCUGUCCCUGCUGCCACCCCUCAGUUGUGCUGUUGACACCGCUGGCUCCUGGUCCUCCUGCUGCCCACCAGGACCCCCAGGUCCUUUUCUUCUGCUCUCCAGCAGCUCAGUCCCCAACCUGUACUGCAUGGUGCUGUCCGUGCCCACCUGCAAUACUCCAUGCUGCAAUUAUUUCAGUGUCUCCCUCCCCACCUCUCCAGCCCAGGGCUCAAUGGGUGGCAGCACGGCCCUCUGCUGUGUCAGCCGCUGCUCCCAGCUUUGUGCCAUCAGCAAACUUAGUGACCGUGCACUCCGUUCCCUCGUCCAACUCACUGAUGGGGAUCUGGAACGGCACGGAUCACCAAGGGGCUCCUUUGGAUCCAGGUUUCCGACCAGACUCCGUCCCGCUGACCACAGCUCCCUGCUUCUCCCAUUCAGCCACUUCACAGCCCGCUUCCCUGCCCGACCCUCCAGACCACACUCCCUCAGUUCAGCUGUGAGAGUGCUGUGGGAGACGGUGCCAAAUGCUUUACUGAGAUAAAGAUCCACCACAUCCACUGCUUGUAUGGGGACAGCUGCUCUGUGCUGUCCCUGCUCUUUUGUGCUGUCCCGUUGCCGUGCUGUCCCAUUGCUUUGCAUUGUUCCCUCCUUGCAGUGUCCCACCCCUGCAGUGUCCCAUCCAUGCAAUGUCCCAUCCCUGUGCUGUCCCCUCUCUGCUGCAUUGUCCCCUCCUUGCAGUGUCCCACCCCUGCAGUGUCCCAUCCCUGUGCUGUCCCCUUUCUGUUGCAUUGUCCCCUCCCUGCAUUGUCCCCUCCCUGCCAUGUCCCAUCCCUGUGCUGUCCCCUCUGUGCUGCAGUGUCCCAUCCCUGCUAUGUCCCAUCCCUGUGCUGUCCCCUCUCUGCAUUGUCCCAUCCCUGCAUCACCCCUUCCCUGCGCUGUCUCCUCUCUCCCUCAUUCCCUCUCUGCUGCAUCGUCCCAUCCCUGCGUUGUCCAUCCCAUCUCUCUGUCAUCCCCUCUCUGCUGCCUCAUCCCUUCUCUGCGUUGUCCCCUCUGUAUCAUCCCACCUCCACACUGUCCCGUCUCUCAUGACCCUUCUCUUCCCCCAGCCUCCUCAGCCAGCACUGUGCCCACGUCCCACACUUCAUCCCCGGCGACGGCGGCCGGAGCCAGCGCUGCGGAUCAGGAUGCAGAGGAUGCUUUGGCUGCAGAGCUUUCCAACAAAGAGGACCUGGCCCUGCAGCUGGCCCUGGCCAUCCAGCACGGCGACGAGGAGGCGGCCGCACGCUGUGCUGUAGCCCUGGCCCAGCAGCAAGCCACGCUGAACAUCUUGCUGAAGGAGUCCAAUUAUCCCGAGGAUGAAAUCUGCAUGAACGUCGGUGUGGAGGACGCGACCUCGUCGGCCAGCAUCACACUCCUGGUGCAGCCCCACACCACCAUCGCGGCACUGAAGCAGCAGGUGUUCCAGGACUACGGUUUCCACCCCCUGGUCCAGAGGUGGAUCAUCGGGCAGUGCCUGUGCGUGGAUGAGCGCACGGUUUGGUCGUACGGCGUCCGGCGCGACGGCGACGCGGCCUUCCUGUACCUGCUGUCGGCCAAAGGCGCCGAGCUGACGCGGCAGCGCUACGACGAGGAGCAGGCAAAGCUCCUCCUCGCCUCCAUCGCUUCCGUGGGGGACGGAGCCCAGGAGCGGCGGAAGUACGGCACGGUGCCCAGCGCCACGGGGAGGAGAGCCAACAGGCAGAUGGACGUUGGUGAGAUCAGCCACCACCUGGACACCAUGCAGAUCGGUGACAUUUUCAGCCACCAGACGGCGUCCGCCGCCACUUCUCUGCCCUCACCGGUGCCGGCGGGUUGGUCGUGUCCCAAGUGCACCUUCAUCAACAAACCCACGCGGCCGGGCUGUGAGAUGUGCAGCACCGACCGCCCGCCCGACUACGUGAUCCCCGGCGGCUACGAACCGGAUGAGACGGAGCUGUGGAGGAUGCAGCAGGAGCAGGAGGGGAUGCUGCAGUACCAGCAGACGCUGGAGGCGGAACGGCUGCAGAACUUCCAACAGCUCCUGCAGUUGGAGCAGGAGGUGUUGGUGCCCAACCAGGAGGGGAUGGAAUGCCGAAUCUGCUACCAACACGUCCCCCCGGGGCAGGGGGUGCUGCUGCGGGAAUGCCUGCACAACUUCUGCCGGGACUGCCUGCGCCAGGUGAUCAACUACAGCGAGGAGCCGGCGGUGUCGUGUCCAUACCGCGAUGAUUCCUACGCCUGCAGCAGCCACCUCCAGGAGCGCGAGAUCCGCGCGUUGGUGUCACCAGAGGAGUACCGGCGCUUCCUGGAGCGCAGUUUGGUGCUGGCCGAGCGCCGCACGCAGAACAGCUUCCACUGCAAGACGCCGGAUUGCCGCGGCUGGUGCAUCUACGAGGAUUCGGUCAACGAGUUCCGCUGCCCCAUCUGCCAGGCCCUCAACUGCCUCCUAUGCAAAGCCAUCCAUGAGAGCCGGAACUGCCGGCAGUACCAGGACGACCUGCGGCUGCGGGCGCACAACGACGCGGCUGCACGACAGACCAACGAUAUGCUGCAGACGCUGGUGCAGCUGGGCGAGGCCAUGCAGUGCCCCACGUGCCGCAUCGUGGUGCAGAAGAAGGACGGCUGCGAUUGGAUCCGCUGCACCGUGUGCCACACCGAGAUCUGCUGGGUCACCAAAGGGCCGCGCUGGGGGCCGGGGGGUCCCGGGGACACGAGCGGCGGCUGCCGCUGCAACGUGGACGGGCAGCGCUGCCACCCGCAGUGCCAGAACUGCCACUGAGCUCCACCGACACACGGAUUUUGGGGGGGGAGAUGGG